ACGCGGUGUCUCUGUUUACCUGCCGCUGGCUCUCUUUGUCCGCUCCGAGACUCAAAGCGGCAGAAAGGAGGACAAUGUCCGCCGUGCAGCUGCUGCGGGUGUCGGUACAUGAGCGGAUCCGCGCGGCCGCUGAACACUUCCUGCUGCGGCUGGAGAAAGGAGAAGAACCGGCUCGAGUCCCGGCGCUGAGAGCGAUGCUCACCGAGCGGCUAACGGCGGAGAUCGUCGCUGUGUUUGAGGAAACCGUGGCGGAGUACGAGGACCGAGUGGAGCGGUCCGAGCGGGAGGUCUGCCGCCAGAGGAGGCUGCUCGAUGCCGUGAUGAAGCCCGAAGUCCGGCUGCACAAUGCAGACGUCCAGCAGCUGGUGCUGAGUAAAGAAGAGGUUCCCCCUGAGCAGCAGCAGUGGAGCCCCCUUGUGGACCAGGAGGACCCAGAGCCCCCCCACAUUAAAGAGGAACAGGAGGAACCGUGGACCAAGCAGGAGGGAGAGCAGCUUCAAGGAGUGGAGGAGGCUGACAUCAAGUUCACACUGAUUCCUGUCGCUAUGAAGAGUGAGGAAGAUGAAGAGACACCUCAGUCGUCACAGCUUCAUCAGAGUCAGACUGAGGAGAAGAGAGCAAGCUGUGGAGGACCAGAACCGGAACCAGCCAGGAACUCAGGUCCUGAGGGACAUUUACAACCAGGUCCUCAGACUGAAGAGUCUUCUGAGACUGCAGACAGUGAUGAGAAUUGGAUGGAGACCAGGGAACCUCAGCCUGUAAGUGAUCCACGAUGCAAAACAGACCAGAAACCAUUCAACUGCUCUGAGUGUAGUAAGACAUUCAGUAGAAAGGACUAUCUGAAGACACAUUUUACAGUUCAUACUGGAGAGAAACCUUUUAGUUGCUCUGACUGUGGUAAAAGAUUUACCCGAAAGGAACAUCUGAAGACUCAUAUGAAAAUUCAUACUGGAGAGAAACCCUUUUGCUGCUCCGACUGUGGUAAAAGAUUUCGGAUAAAGGGAGAAAUGCUGACUCACAUGUCAGUGCACACAGGGGAGAAACCAUUUAGUUGCUCUGAAUGUGGUAAAAUAUUUCGGCUAAAGCGUCAACUGCAGAAACAUGGGACAACUCAUACAGGAGUGAAACCAUUCAGUUGCUCUGAGUGUGGUAAGACAUUUGGUCAAAAGGAAUAUCUGAGGUCACACAUGAGGAUCCAUACAGGAGAGAAACCCUUCACCUGCUCUGAGUGUGGUAAGAGAUAUCAUCACCAGGCUGGUCUGCAGGCACACAUGAGGAAUCACACAGGAGAGAAACCAUUCAGCUGCUCUGAGUGUGGUAAACGAUUUAACCAUAAGAGCCGUCUGCAGAUACAUGAAAGGAUUCACACACGAGAUCAACCCUUCACCUGCUCCGAGUGUGGUCAAAGAUUUAGUUACCAGGCCAAUCUGGUGGCACAUCUAAGGAGUCAUACAGGAGAGAAACCAUUUAGCUGCUCUGAGUGUGGUCAAAGUUUUAGCCGAAAGGAUAGUCUGCAGAUACACGCACGACUUCACACCGGAGAGAAACCAUUCAGCUGCAGCGUUUGCAAGAAAAGAUUUAGUUGGAUUUAUCAGCAAAAGAACCACCAGUGUAUCGGUGAGACUUCAGAGCUUCAUCAGAAUCAGAGUGAGGGGAGCAGAGAGGACUGUGGAGGACCAGAACCAGCCAGGAACUCAGGCCCUGAUUGGUCUUACUCUGUAAAGACUGAUGAAUCUUCUGAAGCAGAGACUGAAGACAGGGAAGUUGGUUUCCAGCAGGGGUCGCUGUUGGCUCUGAACGCGGUGUCUCUGUUUACCUGCCGCUGGCUCUCUUUGUCCGCUCCGAGACUCAAAGCGGCAGAAAGGAGGACAAUGUCCGCCGUGCAGCUGCUGCGGGUGUCGGUACAUGAGCGGAUCCGCGCGGCCGCUGAACACUUCCUGCUGCGGCUGGAGAAAGGAGAAGAACCGGCUCGAGUCCCGGCGCUGAGAGCGAUGCUCACCGAGCGGCUAACGGCGGAGAUCGUCGCUGUGUUUGAGGAAACCGUGGCGGAGUACGAGGACCGAGUGGAGCGGUCCGAGCGGGAGGUCUGCCGCCAGAGGAGGCUGCUCGAUGCCGUGAUGAAGCCCGAAGUCCGGCUGCACAGAGCAGUGGGUCCGGCAGACGUCCAGCAGCUGGUGCUGAGUAAUGCAGAGGUUCCCCCUGAGCAGCAGCAGUGGAGCCCCCAUGUGGACCAGGAGGACCCAGAGCCCCCCCACAUUAAAGAGGAACAGGAGGAACCGUGGAGCCAUGAGGAGGGAGAGCAGCUGGAGGAGGCUGAUAUCAAGUUCACAUUGAUUCCUGGCGCUUUGAAGAGUGAAGAAGAUGAAGAGACACCUCAGUCGUCACAGCUUCAUCAGAGUCAGACUGAGGUGAACGGUGGAGGAACAGGACCAGGACCAGGACCAGCCAGGAACUCAGGUCCUGAGGGACAUUUACAACCUGUUAGUGAAGAUAAUUCGUUAGUUUCUACAGAAACUGAUGAAAGUGACUGUGAUUGGACACAUUCCAAUGAAGAUCAGUCAGGUAACGAGAAUGAUCCAAACUGUGAAGCACCUGGAACUGAUGCAGGGACCUCAGUGAAGGAGAGACCCUUCCCCUGCUCCUUCUGCGGUAAAAGAUUCAGCCUUAAAGGAAACUUGAACAGACACAUCCGAGACCACACGGGCGAGAGGCCGUUUCCCUGCACAGGUUGUGACAAAUCCUUCAAAGACAGUGGCUCGUUGACGGCCCAUAUGAGGUGUCACACAGGAGAGCAGCCGUACAGCUGCUUAUUCUGCGGGAAGAGCUUUAGUGGAAGAGGAAACAUGACGAGACACAUGAGAAUCCACACAGGAGAGAAACCAUUUACCUGCUCAGUGUGUAGCAAAAGUUUUCAUGUGAAGGAACAUCUCAGCAGACAUAUGAAGUAUCACACAGGGGAGAAACCGUUCAACUGCUCCAUCUGCGGUAAAGGUUGUGCUCAGAAAACGGACCUGAAGAAACACAUGAGGGUUCACACGGGAGAGAAGCCGUUCAGCUGUCCCUUCUGUGGAAAGUGUUGUGCUGAAAAAGGAGACCUGACCAAACACAUGAGGGUUCACACAGGAGAGAAGCCGUUCAGCUGCAGCGUUUGUGGUAAAAGUUGUGCUCAAAAGGGAAGCCUCAAAAUUCACAUGAGAAUUCACACAGGAGAGAAACCCUUCAGCUGCUCAGUCUGCGGCAAACGCUUCACUGUCACAGGACAUCUGAAGAGACACAUGAAGCUGCACGCCGCAGAACGUCAGGAGAACCAGGCUGAGGAGUUCCAUUCAGGCAAAGCACAGCAGCAGGUGGAGGCUGAUGAACCAGGGCCCACGUCGUGUUGUUCCCUCACUGCAGAGGAAAGAUGUUAGAGGUCCAGCUCACGUUUGUCAAACAGCUCAAGUCCCGUCAUCAAGAGACAUUGGUUACAAGACCAUGACUCAGUCGAGUGGACUCCUCCACCCAACUCUUCUCUGGAGGAUCACACUCAGUUCCUCCUCCUCCACUCCUGUGUAAGGUCUGAAUCCAGGAGGAGUGUGAACAGCAGAGGAUCCUCCACUGAUUCACUGAGUGAGGGGGGGACACAAACAUGAAGAAACAAACCUCUCUGGUGAAGAAGAGCUGACACACGAUGAAGACACAGAUGAAGAUGUGUAGAGAGUUUGUGGUGAUCAGAGCUGAUGACGUGUCAGGUGAUGUAAACAUGAUCACAUGAGGUACCAGGUCACUUCCUGUGUGUGUCUGCUCCCCCCCCCCCCGGCUGCUCCUCCUCUCACCUGAACCCUGAGGAGGAUCUGAUGCUGAACGAGUCUGAGGAAACCUGCUGCUGAGUUGUUCAGCUGUGAAACAAACUCUGGAGAAGCUCUGUGCUGUUGAUAUGAAUUUCUGGAGUUGACUCUAGUUAGAACAUUUGUUAAAAAAAACACUUUGAAUGUGUAUUUUAAUAUUAUAAAAAUAAUUUAUUAUGCCCUGUCAAUCAGUGGCUGAGACAACAUGAUGUCUCCCCAACAGAACCGUUUCUCUAGUGUGACUAACUGGAGUUUAUCUUUACAAUGUCUAAAACAUAGAUGGAGAAUAACCUAUUAUCUUAACAAUUAACUGUUUUGAAACUAAAUGUUUUCAUAAUCAAUCCAAAAAUCAAUAAAUCUAAUAACUAAACUUCAUAAUUAAGCAUAAACAGAAGAAAACAUGGUGAAGAUAAAAUGGCCACUCCUCCUUUCAAAUGAAAGCUGCAGGUUUCUCAUGCGUCUCUGGGCAAACAGCUGGAUGGUCGGAGGAGGAGGAGCUCCGAUCAACAGGGAUCCUCAAUCUCCACCAAUCAGGACCGUCCUGGCACAGACCUGCUUGCAUCAUCAGGUGCGUUGGACCUGGUCUGACGGAGUCUGGAGGGACAGUUCCUCUUCCUCGCCUCAGAGACGAGAACCGUUGACUGAGAAGAUUCAGCUGAAGAUUAAAAACCCUAACCCUAACUCGACCCCUGACCCUAACCCUAACCUACCCCAUCUGAAGCUGCACAGUUGUUUUUCUCUGUGUUGUUAUAUUGAUGAAUAACGUUUUCGUAAA